AUGGCUGGGGAGUGUGGGGGAGGCAAGGAUGUGGCUAUCUGUAACUUGGAUCUCCACCAUGGAGUUUGCAUAAAAAUAGUGGGAGAUAUUCUACCUGAUGCCAAACAUUUUGUAUUGGAUCUGGGCAAAGACUAUGAUAAUAUUGGCCUGCAUUUCAACCCACGCUUCAGACUUUAUAAGGAUAACAAAACCAUUGUCUGCAACUCCAAGAAGGACAAAGUGUAUGGGAAAGAACAAAGGGUGAAACGUUUCCCCUUUCAGCCAAAGAGGGAAGUGGAGGUUCGCAUAACCUUUGAAAGGCUGUACUUUAAGGUGAAGCUGCCUGAUGGCUUUGAGUUCACUUUCCCUAAUCGUCUUCACUUACAAACAAUCGACUACUUGGCAACAAGUGGUGACUUCAAGUUUAGAUCGCUGACCUUGGACUGA